AUAUCGCAAUAAAUCAACAUGGAAGCUCCUGUUGCCUUUUCCUUCAAAAUGUUAUUUUGCAAACUAUUUGUUAUUUUUGCAUGUUUGCAGUGUUUUAGAUGUAAAAGUGAGGAGAAAGUAGAGGAAUUCUUCAAGAGUGGACACACAAAUAACUGGGCAGUACUUGUAGAUACUUCUAGAUUCUGGUUCAAUUACAGACAUGUAGCUAAUGUGUUGUCUAUAUACCGUAGUGUCAAAAAAUUAGGAAUUCCAGACAGCCAUAUAAUUUUGAUGAUCGCAGAUGACAUGGCCUGCAAUCCACGAAAUCCUCGUCCUGCUACUGUGUUUAAUAAUGCAAACCAACAUAUCAAUGUAUAUGGAGAUGACGUAGAAGUGGAUUACAGAGGUUAUGAGGUAACAGUAGAGAACUUUAUAAGAGUGUUGACAGGACGACUGCCACAAAGUACACCUCCGUCCAAACGACUGAGAUCUGAUGAACGAAGUAACAUCUUGGUGUAUAUGACAGGACAUGGAGGAGAUGGGUUUCUCAAGUUUCAAGAUGCAGAAGAAGUUUCCAAUGUAGAACUGGCUGAUGCAUUUGAACAAAUGUGGCAGAAACAAAGAUACCAUGAGAUAUUCUUCAUGAUUGACACAUGCCAAGCUGAGUCUAUGUUCCAGCUUUUUUAUUCUCCUAAUAUUUUAUCUGUAGCUAGUAGCCAUGUUGGUGAAGAUUCUUUAUCACACCACGUAGACUCCAGUAUUGGUGUAUAUGUUAUAGACAGAUACACAUACUAUGCUUUAGAAUUCCUAGACAAAGUAACACCAGAUAGUAAAAAGACAAUGGGACAGUUUUUAAAAGUUUGUCCAAAGAACUUAUGUAUAUCAACAGUAGCUACUAGAACAGAUUUAUUUGCCAGGGACCCAAAUAAAGUCCUACUCACAGAUUUCUUUGGUAGUGUAAGGAAUGUUGAACCUUUAGCCAAGACCAUCAAACUUGUAAACAAAACUGACCAAUGCACUAAAGAUGGCUGUCAAGAUAAACCAGAGCCAGAAGAUCAAGAGCCUUUGUCAUAUGCUGAGCAGUUCCCAAUGCCUAAGUGAUCUAUGUGGAUGUAGGGAACUUAAAACUACUGUGAUAAAAUUCAUGAUAGCAGGCCAAGUAAUCAAUGACUUAAUCAGAAUGACUUGAGAUGGCCUUGGAAUAGCACACUGGUCCUGUGAUGGUAGAUCUUACGGCUGAUGAAUGCUGACAUCUUCAAUGAUUGUGAUAAAUAAUUCUUUUGAUUUCAAUUUGUAAUUUUGGUGAUCUGAUUUUGAUAUUUCUUAUAUAAGUGUAAUUCUAUAGAGUUACUACAUGAUUUAUCAUUCAAUUAUGACCUCCAUUAAAAUUUGAUAUCUAAAAUGAUUAAAUAGAAAAAAUGUUACUUUCAUCAGGUCUGAAGAGAAAAUAACGUUUUCAAGAUUUAAUCACUUUGAUAUUAAUUUUUGAUGAAGACCAUAAUUGUUUAAUUAUAAUGAACUAAAUAUGAGGAAAUGCUAAUUUUUUGCAUGUAUUGUGUUUAUGUAGUUUUUUUAUCACAAAAUAUUUUCUGUGUCUGCAUCGGAACCUUGUGGCUGCUGCCAUUAUUAUAAGAUGACAUUUGGAAAUUUUCUACAUGCAAAAGCAUGUGGAUUCAAAAUGUUUUUCUUUAAUUGUGCACAUUCCAUAACAUUUUUGUUUGCCUACGCCCAGUUUCCUGUGGGAAAAAAUGGAUUCUUUCAAAUUAGUGCACAUUCCUGAACAGUUAUUUUGCAGUUUCCUGCAGGAAAGAGGCAUUUAUUUUGGUGAUUAUUUUAUAUGGGGUUACUAUAAUAAAUUAUAAGAAUAAAUGUUAUUUCUG